UACAUCCUAAAUUUUACAUCCAACAAUAAUUUCUUCUACAUUUAAUUCUAAGAGCUAGUCCAGUUAUAUCAAUGGCUACAUUGGGACGAGACGUCGUGUUCGAGGAUUUUUUCCCUUCAAUGGUGGAAAAACUUGGAGCUGAGGGAUUCUUGAAAGAGCUAAGUAAUGGAUUUCGAAUGCUAAUGGAUGAGGAGAGGGAAGUCAUUACCUUUGAGAGUUUGAAAAAGAAUUCUGUAUUGUUGGGAUUGAAAGAUAUGAGAGAUGAUGAGGUAAUGUGCAUGUUGAGAGAAGGGGAUUUUGAUGGAGAUGGUUGUUUAAAUGAGAUGGAGUUUUGUGUGCUUAUGUUUCGUUUGAGUCCUGAUUUAAUGGACAUAUCAAGAAUUUGGUUGGAAGAAACUCUUGCCAAAUUGUAGCUGGAUUUAAUAAUUUAAUCUCUUUUGAUUCUUGUUAUAUUUUUAUAAAUCUCUCUAGCUUAUUCAUAA